AUGAAGCUAUUUCAGGGGCUACCUGCAUCAGUGCCUAUUGAUCACGGCAGAUACGAUGUCGAACUGGAGAGAAGAGUCUUGAGGGCUGUUUACUGGGACGAGCCUGAUCGGCGAGUGAUCCGCAGCUCCUGGUUUCGAGGGCGGAGAGGUGCCUGGACCCCUUACGAUGAAGAAGACGGCGAGGGACUGGAAGAAGCUUUUCAGCGCUUGCGAACCGGUAAGGAGCUUCCUCCUUUGCUUGUUCCGGUGAACAGGGGUAAGGAUGAUGUCCGCUUUGAGGCUCUUCCGCCUGAGAAUGCUGACGAAGAUUCAAGUGCAAUUUCAUCAAUGCUCUUUGGAAAAACGUCCAAACGUCAACCUGUGGAUGGCAACUUACGCGCAUCAGACAGCAAGGUUGAUGCUUCUUCAGUUGAACAGGGCGAUCACACCGCACAAUCAGGCGACGAGCUGCAGUUCACUGCGAUUCAGGAAGCUGUUGAAAGAAGUGGAUCUCAAAGGGAAGCAGUACAAGUGUGGCGCGGGUAUCAUGCCGUUGCUGGGGAAGAUGAACGGCAGGAGGACGAUGAAGAGCAACUGCCGCAGCACGUGGAGUGCCUGACCUUUGUGGUUCAUGGCAUUGGGCAGUACCAUCGUGCACAACAAGGUGCAAAUUCUCAGUUCUUCAAGGAAGUGGCACGGGUGCGCAAGCUUGCAGCGAAGUACCAGGUCGAAAGAGCCAAAGAACAGGCUCGCCAGGGGCGCAUCGAAUUCCUUCCGUUGGAAUGGUAUGGUCCCAUACAUGUCGAGGUUGGAAUAGGCAACAGGCUGAAGAAUGUCACUCUAAAGUCGGUGAGCCACCUUCGCGACUUUGCUAACUUCGCCUUGGCGGAUGUGAUGGUGUAUUUGGAUGAGCAGUGGCGCGAGCGCAUCCAUGAUGAGCUGCUGAAGAAGAUGGGUCAGCUCUGGAAGCUUUUUUCUGCCCGGACUCCAAACUAUUCCGGAGAGGUCGCUGUCAUUGGUCACUCUCUGGGCUCGGUCAUCAUGUUUGACCUCAUCCAGAAGGGGCUUGAAAAACUACCUUGCGGCUUGCACUGCUCGCCUUCCAAGGACAUGCCGCAAGGUUCUUCCAAGACAGCAAUGCUUUGCACGCCGGCCAAAGCUACCGUCGGCACGCCGGGGAGCUUUGACAGGAAGGGCAUCAAGCUUCUGAAGGAGCACGUGGCUCGUGGCAAUGUGGCGGCUCUGGCCAAAAGCAAGGACGGCAAGGACUCGCAUGAGCACCCUGUACCCAGAUGCCUGUUUGCCGUGGGAUCCCCUCUCGGAAUGUUCUUGAGCAUACGGCUUUCGCAAAAAGCGCAGCGAGCAUCAAGGUACUUCCGAGGCUUGGACGUGAGAUGGCCCCCAUCCAGCGCUGGGCAAGGAUGGAGGUUCUUCAACAUUUUUCAUCCUGAUGAUCCGAUUGCGUACCGUAUUGAGCCGCUGCUGAAUCCUGCUUAUACCAACAUGAGCCCAAGGGUGGUCCCACAUUGCGGCGGUCUGCGGUGGAAUCAUCGAAUUGCGACUUUGUGGUCUUCUGUGGCGACGCCAAAGAGCGGUGAUGAGGUGGAUGCCGAGGCUCCCCUGGACGAGGUGCUGGUCGUGCCAACGGAGGAUCCUUCGAGCUUCUUUGAGGACAAGCCCGUUCGGCAGUCGAUUGUCACCGUUGAUCGCCUCGACUAUGCUUUGCAGACCAGCGCAUUUGAGAGCAUGAACGAGAUGCUGAGCGCCAUCCACAGCCACUUCAGCUAUUGGGAGAACGAGGACAUGUUGCAGUUCGUCGUUGAUCAGAUUUUCGAAGCUAUCAGCGCCGGCUGCGGCCCAAGACCCUUUUCUUACCGUGGCGAUUCCUGA